AAAAAAAAAAAAAAAAACUGCGGAUCAAAAACACUUCUCUCCCACGUUAGAAAAACACUUCUCUUCUCUUCUCUCCUCUCCUGCUGCUUACGAGUCGACCUGCGAAUGUCCAUGGACCUUUUCAAUUAGCACAAUCUCCCAGGUGGUGGAUCUGGAUCUGCCAACCACUUGGAACUGUUGAUCAACAUGGCUCAUGUUGCAACCAAUAAAGAGGGUCACUCUUAUGAUGAGAAUAAUGAUGCUCAGAAAAUGGUUUUUGAUUUGGGUGCGUUUGUUGGGGACUUGACUGUUGAGGAGGAUGCAAGCAGUGAUGAUAUAUCGUUAGAAGGACUACAACAAGAACUGGAAGAAUGUAAAAAUGAUGAUGUAGUUGCGAACAUAUUGUCUAAAGGUACGAAACUUCGGGAGUAUACAAAGGGGGUUGAGAACAACAUACGGCAAGUUGAAUUGGACUCGAUUCAGGAUUAUAUUAAAGAAAGUGAUAAUCUAGUUUCUCUUCAUGAUCAAAUUCGUGAUUGUGACAGCAUCUUGUCACAGAUGGAAACUCUUCUCAGUGGAUUUCAGGCAGAGAUUGGUUCAAUAAGUUCAGACAUCAAAAUUCUCCAGGAGAAGUCUAUGGAUAUGGGUUUGAAGCUGAAGAAUCGCAAGAUGACAGAGUCAAAAUUGGCAAAGUUUGUUGAAGACAUUAUAGUCCCGCCAAAGAUGGUAGACAUAAUUGUCGAUGGCGAGGUGAAUGAUGAAUAUAUGAGAACUUUAGAGAUUCUUAGUAAGAAGCUCAAGUUCGUAGAAGUGGAUCUUAUGGUUAAAACUUCAAAAGCUCUAAAAGAUGUUCAGCCCGAGCUUGAAAAACUUCGACAGAAAGCAGUUUCCAAGGUGUUUGACUUCAUUGUUCAGAAGCUUUAUGCGUUGAGAAAACCAAAAACAAAUAUUCAGAUCCUUCAACAGAAUGUUCUUUUGAAGUACAAGUAUGUUGUUUCCUUCCUGAAGGAACAUGGCAAGGAGGUAUAUAUUGAGGUUCGUGGAGCAUACAUUGACACAAUGAACAAGGUCCUAAGUGCACAUUUCCGCGCUUAUAUUCAGGCACUUGAGAAACUACAGUUGGAUAUUGCAACAUCUAGUGAUUUAAUUGGUGUUGAGACAAGAAACACUAGUCUCUUUUCAAGAGGAAGGGAACCACUGAAGAACCGGUCUGCUGUCUUUGCUCUUGGAGAGAGGAGAAAAAUUUUAAAGGAAAUUGAGGAACCUGCAUUGAUUCCACAUAUAGCUGAAGCAAGCUCCAUGAAGUAUCCAUACGAGGUCCUCUUCAGGAGCUUGCACAAGCUGCUUAUGGAUACUGCUACUUCUGAGUAUCAUUUCUGUGAUGAUUUCUUUGGUGAAGAAUCCAUAUUUUAUGACAUUUUUGCGGGCCCAUUUUCUGUAAUUGAUGAACACUUCAACUCAAUACUUCCAAAUUGUUAUGAUGCUAUUGGUGUGAUGCUUAUGAUUCGUAUAAUACACCAGCACCAGCUUAUUAUGUCUCGGCGGCGUAUUCCAUGCUUGGAUUCAUACUUGGACAAGGUCAAUAUCGCUCUAUGGCCUCGUUUUAAGAUGGUGUUUGACCUGCAUUUAAACAGCUUGCGUACUGCAAAUGUAAAGACAUUGUGGGAAGAUGAUGUUCAUCCUCACUAUGUCAUGAGGCGUUAUGCUGAAUUCACAGCUUCACUUAUCCACCUGAAUGUGGAAUAUGGAGAUGGGCAGCUUGAAUUAAAUUUGGAACGACUGAGAAUGGCUAUUGACGACUUGCUUAUCAAGCUUGCUAAAUCAUUUCCAAGGCCAAAGCUACAAACCGUGUUUCUGAUAAACAACUAUGAUAUGACAAUUGCUGUAUUAAAGGAGGCUGAUCCAGAAGGUGGUAAAAUUCAAAUGCACUUUGAGGAACUUCUCAAAAGCAACACAGCAUUAUUUGUUGAAGAACUACUACUAGAGCACUUUAGUGAUUUAAUCAAGUUUGUUAAAACCCGAGCCUCGGAGGAUCCAAGUGCUAGUUCUGAGAAGCCUAUAACUGUUGCGGAGGUUGAGCCGCUUGUGAAGGACUUUGGAAGUAGAUGGAAAGCUGCAAUCGAACUGAUGCACAAAGAUGUCAUAACUUCUUUCAGCAACUUCUUGUGUGGUAUGGAGAUCUUGAGGGCGGCAUUGACUCAGCUGUUGCUUUAUUAUACUAGGCUCUCAGAUUCCAUAAAGAGGAUUGUUGGUGGGUCUGCACUUAACAAGGAUCUAGUGUCGAUAUCUUCAAUCAUGUAUGAAAUUAGGAAAUACUCAAGGACUUUCUAAGUUGUUCAGGUUCAUAUGGGUUGCCUGGUUUUGGAUUUUGGACAUAGUUGAUUUGAAGGGGAAAUUCAAUAUGGAAAACAUAAUGUACUGAUCAAAUAUCUUCUUGUUGUGCCCGGGAAAGGACGCUGAAGAAAAAGAUUCAUUCAGUUGCCUUCACUCCGAAGAAAAAUAUAGUUCAAGUAGUAUUCUUUGGAAAGACAAUUUUUCUUAGUAGGAAAAUGUAGUUCAUUCUGCGGCAAUGGUGAUUCUAAUGGUUUGUAAUUCUCCUCGCCCGUACCCUCAAUGCCAAGCUUUGCAUUCUUCAGCCCUGGCUCUUGGGUUGAGGAAAGUAGUUGUGCGUUAGAGUUCUCAGAAGUGGGAAGGUUCCAUUGGUCAAUGUAAUUUUUUGGCAAUCCUGUUGUGAAAUUCUUGAUUGCUUACAACUUUGUUUUGAUACCAAAAUCCCAUUUGUCAUACACACAUGUACGCAGAUUAAUAAACUUUGGUUUAGAUUAGUAGAUGCUAGUUAUUUGUAUUUUUCAACAAGAGCAGUGGAGGUGUAAUUUUCUGUU